AGGUCAAUUUGGACGAAGCGAAAGCUAUAUUCUAUACUGAAUGGUCGAACGUGUUCGUCCAUAUAAAAAGGGACUGUUUGUUCUUCAAGGUAGAGAGAAUUGUGCCACUAACAAUACGAAGGUGUCGGGAAAAGCUGCGAGUUAGUAAUCUGUCCAGGGAAGAAGUUCCUAUUACUGCAGUCAUCGUUAUCCAAGUCACAUCAUUUUGACCUUAUGUAAUUAGGCAAUAGUCAUCGUCCAGGUCACCUGUUGACCUUAUUAAAUGGAGGGUAAUUUACCUGUGGGCACUUAGGCCCUUCUUCCUCUCACAUGCUGAUUUCGGACCGAGCGGGCCAGAGGUUUAAUCGGAAAGACAUCCGUUCCUGCGACUGGACAAAGUAGAUUUUGACAAAGAACCUUGCAGAAAACUGUGAAUGCUUAGGGUUUUGUCUAGGGUAUGCUAUAUUAAGCUUACCAUUCCUCACCUCAGUCAGAAAAGAUAUUUCCAGGCAAAGAUGAUUGAUUCCGUUGUAGAAGCAUAUAAAUCUGUUGCCAAAAUUAGUGAUCUCAAGAAAGCUCAGAUUUUGAGUGUGUCUUCAAAUGAAGAGGUUGGCAGUCAUGAUGUCGCAGUUCAGGUUACCUGGAGCUCACGGAAUCUGUCUUCCUUGGAGAGGACUUUAACUAAUUCAGUAUAUAUGGUUCAAGGAAAAAAUGUGAUUUCAUUCCCACCAAGUCCAGCUCAUAAGAAUGCGAUCCUUAGUCAGCAUAGUCCAACAGGAAGAAGAUCAGCAUAUGUCUUGACAUCUGAAAAGGACAAGGAGGCGGAAUGCAUAAUGAUCGUUGAGAAAGAUGGGUCAAUGGUGUCUUUUGACCUCAAGGCUGCAGAGAAGCAUGGCAAGGUAUAUGCAGAUGGAGAAUUCGCUUGCCUUGAGUGGUCAGCAGAUGAAACCAAGCUGAUUUACAUAGCUGAAAAGAAAAAGCCAAAACCGACUAAUUUUCUGGUACAGCCCAAAAGUAGCAAUGGUGAAGACACGAGAGGUCAAGAAUUUCAGUUUGUAGAUGACUGGGGUGAACAGCUGGAAGGUAAACAUAAGGGAGUAGUGUGCAUUCUUGAUACAGUAUCAGGGGAAGUCAAAAGUCAUGAGCUUCCAAAUGAGCUUUGUCCUGGACAGUUAGUCUGGGCUCCGAGGGAUGAGGGUAUCAUUGGCGUUGCAUUUGUCAGCACACCUUAUCGUCUUGGUCUCAUUUACUGCCCAAAUAGGGAGUCCAAGCUCUUCCACAUGGAUAUGGAAGGCAACUUUAGUGAAAUAUCAAAAGGUUGUAGCAAUAUAAGAACACCCAGAGUGAGUCCAGAUGGUACGAAAAUUGCCUUCUUGCGUUCAGUAGUUGGAGGACCUCAUGCCAAAUGUGCGCAGCUUUGUCUCGUUUCCUGGCCUAGUAAAGAGGAAAAAGUCGUAAUUGACAUUGUUCCUAGAACAAUGGUCAUUGAAGAAGGCUACAGCUUCAAAGGCAUUUACGGCUACAGUGGCAUUCCUCAACGCUGUUGGCUUAGUGAUAGCAGACGUAUUGCAUUUUCAUCUUAUCACCAAGAUAAUAUACUGCCAUAUAUUGUAAAUAUUGACACUGGUGCCAUUACAGUGUUACCACACAUUGGUAGCUAUUCUGUGGUAGAUGUAUGUAAUGACUGGUUGCUGGUGGAUGCCUCUUUUCUAAAUCGUCCAAAUCAAUUAUACCUCGGACACAUUCCUGCUGAAGGACAGGAAAGACAGAUAAAACUGAAUGAGGUAACUGAGCGACGAGAAAUUGAUGGAAUUCCCAUUCACUAUCGCAGUCAUUUUGACUUUGUGAAUGACAUUCCCCAUCCUGAUCCAAAGUAUUCUGAUAUACCAAUUUCAGUCAUAUAUUACGGUCCAGUCUCUUUACAAGAAGGCAAACCAAAGAGACCCUUGAUAUGCUGGCCCCAUGGAGGGCCACACUCUACUGCUACCAAUGUCUACAAUGCAUUACCUGCUUUCUUUGUGAAACUAGGGUAUUCCAUUGUUUUUCCUAAUUACCGUGGAUCACUAGGAUUUGGAGAAGAUGGGGUGAAUGCUCUGCCUGGCUACUGUGGAACCGUUGAUGUGUCUGAUGUGCACAAGGCCACUCUUUUAUGUUUAGAGAGGUUCAAGGAUGUCCUUGAUCCUAACCAAGUAUUCCUGUGCGGUGGUUCACAUGGAGGUUAUUUAGUUACACAAUUGGCUGCACAGUAUCCAGGUACAUAUAGUGCCAUUGCCAGUAGAAACCCAUCCUGUGAUUAUCCCUCGGCUAUAGUCAACAAGGAUAAUCCUGAUUUGACAUUUGUAGAAACUGGCUUCCCAUUCACACAUGGAAAGAUCCCUGAUGCAGCAAUUCUCGGUAAGAUGUUUGAGAUGUCCCCUACGAGGCAUAUUGAAAACUUGAAAACACCAGUGCUGUUCCUCAUCGGUAAAAACGACAGGCGCGUUCCUCCUGCUGGUGGCAUUUUCUUACACAAAAUGUUAUUGGCUCGCGGUGUUGAAACAAAACUUCACAUCUAUGAUGACUGCCACCCUUUGAGUAAAGUGGAUGUGGAACUGGAUGGGAUGAUCCACACUGCCCUUUGGUUUGAAAAGUACAGACAGAAGUAAUUUGCUUUCAUUUUUCGAACCUUGAAUGACUUUUCAUUUACCUUUUUUGGGGAGAUGGGAGAGAUAUAAUGGGGGCUCUGAUUGUUCGUUAUACACAGUCCAAAUCAUGCAUAUAGAUAUGUAAAAUUUUUUAUUUGUACCAUUUGAAUUUCUAAAAAAGAGUUUUUGGAAGAA